ACUAAAUAAAUUGAAAGAAGCUUGUAUAAUAUUUAUAUUAUCAUUUUGUAUGUAAAUAUUAUCUGUAUAAGUGUAAGUCUCACAAUGUAAAGUAGUGUAUAAAUAUACAAAGCAAAACUUCGUCUCAUUUGGUCACACUGAAACUACAAAGAUUCUUUCUCUCUCUCUCUCCUCCGCGGCAACGUUCUUCACGGCCAUUUUCUCGCAACAGAGAAGGGAAGAGUUCUCGUUUUCUUGUUCACAAAAAAAAAAAAACUAAACACCAGUUAAUUACUAAAUGGGCCAUGAUAAUAUCGCGAAGCUGGCGAGUCUACUCGUAAAGCUACACAGAGCUCCAUCAGGUUGGCUCUGUCUCCAUCCUCGACCGAGCCGAUCCAUCAGCGACCGCGGCGAAGGAGGAAACCAACGACGGAUCAAGCUCGUAAGAUCCGACGGCUCGUUAGAAGUCUACGACCGUCCAGUGGUGGUCUCGGAGCUCACAAGAGACUUCCCAAAGCACAAAAUCUGCAGAUCAGACUCGCUCUACAUAGGACAGAGGACCCCUGUUCUAUCCGAAACCGACACGCUCAAGCUCGGACUCAACUACUUUCUCCUCCCGUCUGAUUUCUUCAUGAACAGCCUCUCGUUCCUCACCAUCGCCGCCUUGAAAUCUUCUCAAAACGGAGUCGGGUCGGUCAGAAAAUCGGCCGGGACUCAGCAGCAGCAGCCGUUUCUUAUACAAAAGGGAGGAACAGGGGAGAAGCUGAGGAUUCGUGUGUCUGAAGAGUUCAUGUCGGAGUUGAUGAUGGAAGGUAGAAAAAACAGAGAACAAGAAAAGGAAGAGGAAGGAGAAGGAGAAGGUAGAGUUUGUACGACGGUGAAACUGAAGAAAGAUUAUGUUCAGUUGGUUAGUCUGAGAAAGUGGAAGCCAAAGCUAGAGACAAUAACAGAGGCCAAGGCGAUGAAAGCGACGGUGGAGAUGAAGAAGAAGAAGAGAACGAAGUUUCCUGUAAUGAAGAAGAGAUCAUGCAAAGAUUCUUCUCAAACUGAUAAUUCAUAUGCGAAGCGUAAGCUUCAAUACAAAUUCAAGUCCAAAACCAAGAAAGCUAUUCUUAGAAAAUUAGCUUAGUUUUUGUUUUUUUUUUAAUUUGAGGAAUUAGCAGAUUGUGUGUUGAUACAUAGAAAAAAAUUGUUUGAAAUUAUGUAAAGAAUCUGAGAAAAAUUAUUAACCAAAGGAUAUAAAUUGUUUCCAAAUU